ACAAGCACGUCAGACAGACGCAUUUAUCGACAUGAUACAGUCACAAAUUCCUACAUGUUGGCUGUCGUAUGAAGAGGUAGUCGUUUUGUAUAGUUUACGUUUGAUGUUUAGUCUGCUAAAGUAUUUAUAUUUUAUGUAAUUGUGUAUACCGCAAUACAAUUUAGCGCCACCACUUGUGGACAUCAUGAUGAUGCGAGUUAACUGUCGCUGAUAGUCUGACCGACUUGCAACAAUGUUGCCCUCACUUAACAUUUUGACCAGAUCCAUUACCCAAUUGGUGUCACACUCAAAGUUUUGGAGUCAAUGUCAUCUGUGGUGCCCAUGCCGGAAUGUCUCCGUUAUACCAGGAGGGUGGAAACCACGGAAGGUUCCACCAAGAUACCUCGGCCAGCUAAGCCCCUUCACUCAUCCACACCUCAUAAAAAAUGGUGAGGUGACCCCUGGCUUAACCCAAACAGAGUUUGAUCUCCGUCGGCAAAGACUGGCCUCUCUCAUCGAGGUUCAGGCAGAUCGGCUGGGACCCACUGCUUCGUCCAACAAACACCUCGUCAUUGUCCUGUCCCACCCAAUCUGCUACAUGACCAAUGACAUCCCCUACCCCUUCCACCAGAACCAGGACUUCCUCUACCUCACAGGCAUCCUUGAACCAGACAGCGCCCUGGUUCUAUGUGGUACUGGCCGCCCGGACCAGGCCAUCCUCUUUGUACCCCGCAGGGACCCGGCCAGGGAGCUGUGGGACGGGCCCAGGUCAGGGAAGGAUGGGGCGGCAGCGUUGACCGGGGUCGAGAGGGUCCAUUGCACAGAAGAGUUGGGACUUGUACUCAAAAGCCUUAAAGGUAGCACUGUGUGGUAUGAUGGCUCCAAGCCCUGCCACCCUGGGCUCCACCAAACCCAUGUUCGGCCUCUGCUGGAAGGGGGGCCCAUAGUGCGCUCUCUCAGACCCCUUACACACUCCCUCAGGGCCCUCAAGAGCCCAGCCGAGGUGGCUCUCAUGAAGGAGGCUGGUCGCAUCACAGCACAGGCAUUCAAAAAGACUAUGAGUAUGUCUCAAGGGGAUAUUGAUGAAGCUCUACUGUAUGCUAAGUUUGAUUUUGAGUGCCGUGCCCACGGAGCCAAUUUCUUGGCCUAUCCUCCUGUGGUUGCUGGUGGAAACCGAGCCAAUACACUUCAUUACAUAAACAACAACCAGAUUGUCAAGAAUGGGGAGAUGGUGCUACUUGAUGGAGGGUGUGAAUACUUUUCUUAUGUCAGUGAUAUUACUCGCACCUGGCCGGUGAACGGAAAGUUCAGCCCUGCCCAGGCAGAGUUGUAUGGGGGGGUGUUGGAGGUGCAGAAGGCCUGUCUGUCUCUGUGCUCCCCAGGAGUCAGUCUGGACCACAUCUACAGCACCAUGUUGGCUCUGCUGGGACGCCAACUCAAACAGCUGGGUAUCGUGAAGGGCUCCACCAGUGAUGCUGAUACACUUAAGGCGGCGAGGCGCUACUGCCCCCACCAUGUUGGUCACUACCUGGGCAUGGAUGUGCACGAUACCCCUGAGCUUUCCCGCUCUCAGCCCCUCCAGCCUGGAAUGGCAAUCACAAUAGAGCCAGGGCUGUACAUAUGUGAGGACGAUGACCAGGUUCCAGAGCGAUUCCGUGGACUUGGGGUGAGAAUAGAGGACGACGUUGUGAUUCAAGACGAGAUAAACCCCUUGAUACUGUCCUCUGACACACCCAAAACCAUUGCUGAUGUUGAAAGAGCCUGUGCACAGAGUUAGGGCUGAGAGAGACCAGACAUGGGGAGGGUAUAUACCUUGCUCCCAACUGAAGUGUGACCGUAUACACUCCUCAAAAUGCUGAGUGUGAGCAAGAGUGAGUGUUCAUCCCUCUCGAGUGACUGGUCACAUUUCAGUGGGUUCUUCUUCGGUAUUGGCGAUUGCACAAUUUAAUGUGCAUCCUGCCAGCUACUGUGCGGGAUGGAAACGGGGUUUCCCCAAAAAGCGUAACAACCAACAAAAAAUUAACAAACUACCAAAAAUUAAAUAUCAAAACAACUUCACUGUUAAAAAAUAAACUGAUCUGAUCCCUACACAGGCUCAGGGGGAGCCUGGGAGGGCGGGCUGUCUUCCGGCGCCAAUACCCCUUCGAAGUGCUUCAGAUGUAUACUAAACAAAAAUAUAAAGUGUUGGUCCCAUGUUUCAUGAGCUGAAAUAAAAAAGGUCCCUGAAAUGUUCCAUAGA